ACUCCCAAACCCAUUCGGCGCGCAGCCACAGAGCCACUUCCCCAAGCCCGUCACCCCGUCCACGCUCCAGAUUUCCGAGUUCGGACCCCCCAACGCUAGCACGCGGCGCAGCCGACCAACAAGCAGCAGGCCCCUUCCGCAGCAGCCCGCUCCCCCGUCCUCCGCUCCUCAAUCCACUGCCGCAGCGUCGCUCCUCCCUCGGUCCAGUGGAGCGGAGCGGGGAUCCACCAGGACAUGGAUUGAUUCCUCCUCUUGUUGUUUAUGUUGACCUGGAUUUGAUAACCGAGUGCUGAUGCAAUGGAUGCCCUUCAUAGCGACCCUUAUUCCAGGAGCAGCUUGCAACCAUACAGGGAUGCGCCUGUGUCCUUUGAGAACAACAACACAGUUUUGGAUAAGCAUGGGAUUGUCAGCCCUCGAGUUGGCAUGACCUUUGAGACGGUUGAUUUGGCCUAUCAAUUCUACCUAGAAUAUGGCUAUCGUGCUGGCUUUGGGGUCUCAAAGAGGACUUCCCACAGUGUUGAUGGGGUUAAAUACCGUGCUACAUUUGUCUGUUACAAAGGUGGCAUUGCUAGGAUUAAGCCUGGCCUCAAAGCUCGAAGGAGGCUUGUCGCAAAGACUGGUUGCAAAUCUAUGAUGGUAGUGAAGUUCAACGCCAAUGAGAACCAUUGGGAAGUGGUCUUUGUUGAACUGGAGCAUAAUCACCCAUGCAAUCCUGAGAUGGUCAGAUUCAUGAUGUGCUUUAAAGAUCUUCCUGACUGGCAACGGGAGCACCGCCCAUUCAAUGCCAAAACUCGAUUGAACCCGAAGAUUCACUCUGGUAGAGGCAGGCCACCCAACCAAAACAAAGAUUUCAUGGUGAGAUCCUUUGCUCAGUCAAAUUAUUCCAUUGAAGGGGCAGGGAAGGCUGGAAAGUUGAGGUUUGCAGAGGGUGACGUUGAGGCACUCUUAGUUUUCUUUGAUAAGAUGCAAGCUCAAAACUCCAACUUCUUCUACAACUGGGACAUGGAUGAUGAAGGUCGGCUCAAGAACGUUUGCUGGGUUGAUGCUAGAUCCAGAGUUGCAUAUCAACAUUUUUGUGAUGUUAUUUGCUUUGACACAGUCUAUUUGACAUAUCAAUUUGUCAUUCCAUUGGUCGCGUUCCUGGGAAUCAACCAUCAUGGGCAGUUUGUGUUGUUAGGAUGUGGUCUACUUGGAGACGAGUCUCCAGAGACUUUUGCAUGGUUGUUCAAAAAAUGGCUAAAAUGUAUGAAUGAUAAAGCACCUGAAGCAAUUAUUACGACUCAUUCAAGGCCAGUAGUCAAAGCAGUCAGUGAAGUAUUUCCAAAUACUCGGCACAGAUACAACCUUUGGCAUAUAAUGAAGGAACUUCCUGAAAUGUCUGGAAGAGUUGAGGAUAAAGAAGCAAUCAGUUUGAGAAUGAAGAAGGUAGUCUAUGAUACCAUUACAUCAGCUGACUUCGAGAGGGAAUGGGUUGAAAUGAUCAAUCAGUACAAUCUUCAUGAUAACCGGUGGCUUACAACCUUGUUUGAAGAGAGAGCGAAAUGGGUACCAGCAUAUGUAAAGGAUACUUUCUGGGCUGGUAUCUCCACAGUUCGGCGUAGCGAAAGAUUGGAGGCCUUUUUUGAUGGAUAUAUUACCCCAGAAACCACAAUAAAGACAUUCAUUGAACAAUUUGAUACUGCUAUGAAGCUCAGGUCUGAUCGAGAAGCCUAUGAUGAUUUCCGUUCAUUUCAACAGAGGCCACAAGUCCUGUCUGGUCUUCUUUUUGAGGAGCAAUUUGCAAAUGUUUAUACAAUAAAUAUGUUCCAGAAAUUCCAGGAUCAGUUGAAGCAGCUGAUGAAUGUGAACUGCACUGAAGUCAGUAGGAGUGGUUCAGUAGUGACUUACACUGUGACAGUGAUUGGAAAGGAGAGGAAGUUUGACUACAGAGUGAUGUAUAACAGUGCCGAGAAAGAAGUUUGGUGCAUCUGCAGGUCAUUUCAGUUUAAAGGUAUUUUAUGUAGCCAUGCUCUUGCAGUCUUGAGGCAAGAGCUUGUGAUGCUAAUACCUCCCAAAUAUAUUCUUGAUCGAUGGCGGAAGGAUUACAAAUGCCCCGAGGAACCUAAGGAAACCCCCAUUUCACCAAAUGCGGCAAAAGCUACAGGGAAGGGCACAAAACCAGAUAAUGUUCAGGAAGAUAAGGUGGACAAUCUCUACAAGCACGGACACCAGUACUUUGCUGACAUUGUGGAAAUGGGAGCUACUGACCCUGAUGCGAUGGAGUACGUCCUUUCUGUGAUGAAAGAAGCUAAAGAGAAAAUGCGCAAGUUUGAGGAGUCCCGAAAAGAGAAAAGGCCUGGAGAGAGUCCAGUUUCUGCUGGUAAAAAAGGUGCUAAGUCCUCAAAGCCAUCCUCCACAGAAGACGUUGGUAAUGGAGCAUCGAUGUCAACACCUACGACUGCAGCAGUGACUACUGUUACAGUGGUGCCAUCUGCACCAAUGGCAGCAGCACCAACAAUGAUGGCUAUGGCGCCUGCCUCAGCAGCUAUGCCCCAAGGAAUGUUUUUAGUACCAAUGCAUCCACAUCCCAUGGUUUUCCCACCCUUUGCCCCUGCAGUUCAACCAGCAGUAGCAGCACCCGUAGCCCCACCUGCUGCACCAGCGACCAAUGUGGGCGAUACCGCCACCAACACCUCAAAGAAGCGAAAGAAAAGAAAGGGCAAAAAUUGAUCUUCGGAUACUGAUGAGUCUAACACAAGAUCUGACCAGUGUAGCACAAAGGGAGUUUGAUCAAAUUCUGCAUUGGGCCUCGACAUGAAUGCGUGCUAUCAACUUAAUCAUCAUCUCUGCAGGAUGAGCUGCUCGUGGGACUGCCUGCUAUCGACUUAAUCAUCAAUUAGCACAGAGCAUACUCCCCUAUUGUACAUUAUUUCCCUUCGUGCAAUCGUGCUGGAAUAGUAUAACAUGCGCUCCAGUUUAUAAAUGUAAAGAUCUGUUUAUGAUCGUGUUGCUGCCAUCAAUUUUCUCACCAUUUCAGCUCUGAUGCAUUUUGGUUGAGAAGAUUGCUACCUGUUUCCUGCGGCCGUGACCUAACUUUUGUUAUGGCUUCUCAGAGGCAGAGGAUGUAAA